AUGUAAUCUGUUGAUUUUGCUAAGCAAGUUAUAGGAGAACCGCUUCGUUGCAUAGUCAGAAUUAAGCCACCUUCAAAUUUUUAAAAGGAAGAUGUACGAAUCAAUAAUUAAUAAAUACUUCUUACUGAUAACAAUAGAAGUAAUAUUUAACAUUAAUUAUAAUUCUUUUAGUUUUGGAAGAAUUUGAAUGUCCUGAAGCUUAUGGACCUGAAUUCUCAAUGCAUCAAAUCUAUGAAUAAUUCUUACAAUAAUUUACAGGCCCAUUCAUCCAAGGAUUGAACGUAAACAUAUUCGCAUAUGGGUAGUGAAAUUAAAAAUAAAACUUAGAUCUACAGGAGCAGGCAAAACAUAAACUAUUGAAGGGAACAAAAAAGAACAUGGACUUAUAUUGAAUUAUGCAUCCUCAAUAUUCUCAUUAUUAGAAAACAAGAAAUUUCAUACCAAUUAAUCAUAAGCAUCUUAACUUGUUAAUUAUUCAUAUGGAUUAAGAGCAAGAUAUGUUGAAAUUAUAGAUGAAGAAGUUUCUGAUCUAUUUGCUCCACCAAAUAAACGAUUAAAUGAUCAAUUACAAAUCUUAGAUCAUGCAUGGGAAGGACCCACAAUUGCCAAUUCAACUUGGGUAACUGUUAAUAAUGAAAUUCAAUUAUAAGAAGCUCUUAAUAGUGGAUAAAGGAAUCGUAAUCAAACUACAAAUGAAUUUGGUAAAGUAUCAAAUAAGGCAACAUCCUUUUUUACAUUAGAAUUAUUAUAAAGUUCAUUAUAAAAGGAUACAAAUGAACCAUUAAUUAUGUUAUCUAGAUUAUGUUUUUUUGAUUUAGCAGGAUCUGAGGUAUUGAUAGAUGAUCCAGAAACCAUAAGAAUUAAAUAAGGAUCUACUUUAAAUAAAUCCAUAAUUUCAUUUACAUAAUUACUUAAAGAAUUAGGAUAACCAUAAACUGCAGAUCAUGCUGCCUAUGAUACUUCUGCUUUAACUUCUAUUGUAAAGGAGUUAGUAGGUAGUAAUUCACUUUCUAUUGGUAUUUUUUGUGUAUAGCAUGGUGAUCCAAAAGGAACUAGUUUAACUUUAAACAUUUAUAAAUAUUGUAAGAAUAUCAAGAACUUUCCAAUUGUUAAUGAUAGUAAAGUACUUGGUUUAUUACACAAAUUUCGUUUAGAAUGUCAAGCAGCUAGAUUAUCUGGAAGAGGUGGUUAUGGUGAUACUGGAAAUAAUAAAAUGUUAGAGUUAGAGAAGAAAUUAAUAGAAGAUAAUUUAGAUAAAAUGAGGAAUGCAGAUGAGAAAUAAAGAAUGGCUUAGAAAUUAUCUACAAUGAGAGAAAAGUAUAAUGAAAUUGUUAGACAAAAAGCAGAAUUAUAAUAAGAUCUAAUAAGAAGUGAGGAAGAAAAAUUAGAAGUUUCUAAAGCUUUAGUAGAAUUAUAAAUAGAGAAUACAAGAUUGAUGGAAAUUAUAUAGAAUGAAAAAUAUGAUAUGAAUAAUAAAUUAUUGAAUGCAGAAUCAGAUUUAUUAUCUUUAAAUAUAAGAGAAGAGAAAGCAUUAAAAACUAUUUAAGAAUUGUAAGAUAAUUUAAAAGAAACUAAGGAUGACAAAAGAGCUUUAGAAAUUGAAUUUGUUGCUCUUAAAAAGAAUUAUAUUAAUAUAUCUACAGCAUUAGAAACUGAAAAAGCCAAAAGUGAGAAUAUAGGAUUAGAAUUAAUUAAUGUUGUUAAUGAAAAUAAAUCACUUCAUUAAGAAUUAAAUGAUAUCUAUAAGAAAUCUGGAAAUACAAAUGAAGAAAAUGCUAGAUUUAUGAAGAAGUAUACUUAUGAUUUAGUUUAGAAUUGAAAAAUUAGAGUAAGAAAAUCGAGAAUAGAGAGAAGCUCUUAUUUAUACUAAGGCUGAAAUUGAGAGAUUGAAAACAGAAAUGCUUAAAUAUGAGAUCUUAGAUUAAUAACAUAGAAUUGAUUUAGAUAAUAAAAAAUUAGAAAUUGAAAAAGGAUUUCUUGAAGCAAAUAGAGAAAAAUAAAAUGAAGUAUAUAAAAUGAAUAGAGAAUAAGAUGAUGCUGUUAAAAAAAUGAGAGAUGAAAAAUUAUUAUGGGAAAGUUAAAAAAUGGAAUUAACUCAUAAAAUUAAAACUAUGUAAAGAAGAGUAAAUGAUGAAGAAGAAAGAAUUAAAGAAUUAGAAAGAUAAUUAUAAGAAUUAUAAUCAGAAAAUUAAAAAAUGGAUUUAUAAAUGAAUGAAAUGAGAUCAUUAUAUAGAAAUAAACUUAUGCAAUUUGCAACUGAUGGUAAACCAGAUAAAGCAAGUAGAAUUGGAUAUGAUUUUAAUGCAAGAGAAGAUUUAAUAAGAACAUAUACUGAAAAAGAAAUUGAAUUAAAUGAAAAAAUAGAAAGAGAAAAAAAAAAUGCAAAAUAAGCUUAAUUUUAAGUUAGAUAACUUAAAAGUUAUGCUAGAAAUUUAAAAUAUCUUUGUGAAGAUUGGGCACCAGUUGGAAUUCCUUUACCAGAUAUACUUACAAAAGAUGCUACAUUUUUAGAUGAUGAAACUUAUGGUACUUUACAAGGAGAUCAUUAAGCUGAAAUUGAAAGAUUGAGAAUGAGGAAUAAAAAAUUAGAAAAUGAAGUUAGAAUUUUAUAAGAAAAUAUUAUGAAUGGUGUUGGAGGAGGUAAUUUAGAUUUAGGUAAAAGAAUAUCUAAUGAAAUGGAAAUGUUAAAAUAAAAUAGAAAUAAAUCAUCUAUUGAUGGAGACUUUUAAAUUGAUUAAUUAAGAAAAGAAAGAAAUGAUUUAUAAGAAGAAAAUAGAAGAUUAGUGACAUUAUUAAAAGAUAAUAAAAAAUGGGAUGUUUACAUUUUAUAAAGAGAAAAUGAAAGAUUAAUGAGAUAAAUGAAAGAAUAAGAAGUAGGUUUAAAUGCUAUGGGACCAAUGUCAGGAGAAGCAAAAACUGCUUAAUCAAAAGUAUAAUAUAUUUAUUCUAAAUUUCUAGUUAUAAAUGUAUGAAAGAUCUCUUAAACAAUUAGAAAAAGAGAGAUCUGAAUUAAUUGUUAGGGCUACAAUGGCUGAAGAGUAACUUAAAGCAUUACAAGAGCAUUUAGCAAAAUAAAGCUAAGAUUAUUAAAGAAAGCUUUUAGAAAUCAAAAGAGGUGGUAGUAUAUUCUGA